AUGAAACCUUACACAUACUAACAUCGUGUAUCACAAUUAGAUGAUAUGGAUGAUCAUUCUGUAUUAUCUAAAUCAAAAUUACACGGAUUCUACUAUUAUGCACAUAUGUUGGGAAUCUAUUACAUACUUGAUCUCAUCUAUUUUAAUUAGUUAGGGACUAUACUAGCUAAUUCCCCAACGAUAUCUGCAGUGCGUAGAGAUGGCAUUUUAAUGAUAAUCUGGGCUGUUUAUGUAAAUAAUAAUAACUUAUAUAAGUCAUUCACAUAUCCAUAUACAAUUUAUUUUGCACAUAAAUUUGGUUAGAAGAUGUUGUUAGUAUUUUUUAUAUCUCUUCCAUUUGUUAUAUUUCCAUGGUUUACUAUUAAAUAUUAAUUGGGCUUUAUACCUGGAGCCUUUGUAGGUGCUAUGGCUUUUAUUGGAUUUAUGAAGGAAGUUUCUUAUAUAAAACAUUGUAAAAAGCCAAUUAGUUUGUGGGAAUUCUUUAUCUAUAUGAUUACUCCAGCAUUGGUAUUCUAUCAUGAUUAUCCAAAAACAAAGAAGAUCAGAUUAAUUUAUUGUUUUGCAAAGUUAUUUAAUAUAGCAUAUUUUGAUAUCCUUGGUGCAAUAAUAAUAGCUAAACACAUCGAACCUUAAAUAAUUGGAACAUCAGAUUUGAUUCUAUAAACAGUAUUGUUAUUAUUCCCAUUAACUGCAUUUUGGAUAGUACUUUUCUUCCUAACCUUUGAAAAUAUAUUAAAUUUAUUAGCUGAAAUAACAUAUUUUGGAGAUAGAGAAUUUUAUCAUGAUUGGUACUAAAUAUAAUUUAAUAAUAAAGGUGGAAUGCAACAACUUUUGAAGAAUUCAAUGCAAAAUGGAAUACAGUUGUUUAUGCUUUUUUGCAUACACAUGUAUAUUUGUAAUUACAAGAAUGGAAAAUUCCUCGAGUAUGGUCAAAGGUACUAACUUUUGCAUUUUCAGCCUUGCUUCAUGAGAUAAUAUUGAUAAUAGCUUUAAGAUAAUUUACUCCUUUUAUGACUUUCAUAAUGUUGUUUUAAGUACCAGUAAUGAUGGCAUUAAGAUUCUUAAAAAACACAAGAAUAGGACUAAUCUAUUUUUGGUUCAGUCUAUUACAUGGAGUACCAAUUAUUGUUAGCUAUUAUGUAUUGGUUUGA